CGGCAUACCAACCAAAUCGAAGAUUGAAUCAAACGUUGGUGUUGUUAUAAAAACAUUUUCAAACUUUAAAAUCGGUUUAUUUCGACUUCAGCGCUGGGUGCUGACGGACGGUGCAACGGUUUGGCGCGCAACUGUGUGAAAUUAUUUAAAACUUGUAAUAAAAGCAAAUGCAUUCACGCUGGUAAAUAAGAGUGAGAUUAAGUAAUCGCUGUUGAGGGAUUUUUUUAACAUAAACCGGAAAUCUCUUACUAUUUGCAUUUUUUAACUGUAUUACCGGAAGUGUGCCGAAAACAAAGCGGUCGCAGCGAACAGCAAGCAAAAAUCAAAUCAAUAAUUACAACGGUGUUGGUGCAGAAAUAGCUGAUACAAAAAAUGUUCACCACACGUUUAUUACCUCAUCUAUUACCGGCAAUAUUGUAUUGCUUCGUCAUUCGGCUAGCGCCCACAUUGGCACAGCAAACAUUCAACAAAUUGUGUGAUGUACAAAAUUAUGACGAUUAUUUGACACAAACGGGAAAAAUUUAUAAUGACGAUAGAGAGCGCCAAUAUCGGGAAUCGAUAUUUAUUGCUAAAAAAUCGCUUGUUGAUUUGACGAAUAAAUAUGCUGCCUCCGGAUUGAGUUCAUUCCGUUUAGCCAUUAAUCCUUUGGCGGAUUUGACGCGUCGGGAAGUUGGCAGAUUGACGGCAUCAAGAAUCACAUUUAUUGGAGAAGAAAUCACCUCUAAGCACACCAAUUUCGUCACUGCAAAGGCAAAUCUACAAAACCUCCCAGACUCAUUUGAUUGGCGCGAAAGAGGUGGUGUCACACCGCCCGGCUUUCAAGGUUUCGACUGUGGCUCGUGUUGGUCCUUCGCCACGGCUGCCGCACUUGAGGGACAUCUCUUUCGUCGCACCGGCAUACUAGUGCCGCUCUCCCAACAGAAUCUCGUCGAUUGUGCCGAUGAGUAUGGUAAUAUGGGCUGUAAUGGUGGUUUUCAAGAGUAUGGUUUCGAAUAUAUACGCGAUCACGGCAUCUCGAUAGCGAAUAAUUAUCCAUACACAGAAAUAGAGAAUGCACAGUGUCAUCGCAACGAUACGGGAAAGGGUGUACAAAUACGUGACUAUGCGCGCAUUAAACCCGGCGAUGAGGAGAAAAUGAAAGAAGUCAUUGCAACGCUGGGACCGUUAGCGUGCUCUAUCAACGGUUCGCCUAUAUCGUUUGAACAAUACAUGGGCGGCAUAUAUGAUGAUAAUGAAUGCAAUCAGGAAGAGGUUAAUCAUUCGGUUGUGGUGGUCGGUUAUGGCACCGAAAAUGGCCGCGACUAUUGGAUAAUUAAGAAUUCGUAUUCAGAGAAUUGGGGCGAAGGCGGUUUUAUGCGUCUACUGCGAAAUGCGAAUAGUUUUUGUGGCAUUGCGAGCGAAUGCAGUUAUCCCAUAUUGUAGGUGUAGUUGAAGUGAAAAAUAUUUGAGGCGGUAUGUAUUUAUACUAAAGAUAGUAUUAUAUUGUUAAAUGCAUUGAAAGAAUUUCUAGCAAAAUUCUAAUAUAAGUUUAGUAAAAAAUAUUGUUAUGUUUAUACUGAUAUUUAUUUUAAUUCUAAAUAAAAUGAGAU